AGGAAGACAAAAACAAUUCGAAAGGUAAAUUGCAAAAACCCUAGCUUUACAUGAUGCGGCCGCCGAUUCCGAAAGCGAUACCAGAUGACGACGACGGCGACUCUUCACAGAUCAAAGGCUUCGAGGUCGAUGAUGAGUACGGCAAGAGGUUGUUGCACAACAAGAAUCGCGUGGAUCUGCAGCGACUCGAGGAGAUGAAGAAGAGAGGUGUCAUCGUGGAUGAGGAAGAUGAUGAGCCAGAAUCUGAGCCUGAUGAUGAUCUUGAUAACCCAGAAAGCGAUCUCAGAUUCGUUGAUGUGUUGCUUAAGGUAAAGAACAAGGAUCCUUCGAUUAUGGACAAAAAUGCUAAGUUCUAUGAGUCUGAUGAGAGUAGUGAAGGAGAUGAGAAAGAGAAGAAGAAGAGGAAGAAGAAGGAAAAGAAGAAGAAGAAGAUGUAUCUGAAAGAUGUUCAGGCACAGCAUUUGCUUGAGGAAGGUCCUGAGUUUGUUGAGGAAGAUGAGGAGAAGAAGGUGACGACUUACGCUGAGCGGCAGAGAGAAUUGAGGAAGGCUGUAACCGAUGCUUUGGAAACUGGAGAGGACGAGAGUGAUGAUGAUCUGUUUAGAGUUGUAGAGAAGGAAGGAGAUGAUGAUGAUGUGGAGGUUAACGAGGAGUUGGCUAAGAAAAUGGAUGAGUAUUUUGGUAAAGAAGCUGAAGUUUUUGAGAACCAGUUUUUGAAAGAUUACUUGGUGAAACAGCUGUGGAAGGAGAAAGAGGAGAUCGUAGUAGACGAGGCGGAGUUGGAUGAGUUGGAUGAUGACGAGGAAGCUGUUUGGGAUCAAGAGGAUUAUGAGAAUCUCUACAGGCACGAAGAGAAUGCUGGGGAGAUAAUUAUUAGUCAGUCUAGGGUUGUGGAUGGGUCGGUGAGGAAGAAGGACAGUGCUAGGAAGGCACAGAGGAAGAAUAAAGAGGAGAGGAUGAAGAUGGCUGAGAUUGAGAGGAAGGAGGAGCUGAAGCGGCUUAAGAAUGUUAAGAAGAAGGAGAUGAAGGAGAAGAUGAAGAAAGUGCUUUCUGUUGCUGGUUUUAAAGAUGGAGAAGAAUGUCCGCUUGAUGCUAAAGAUUUUGAUGAUGAGUUUGAUCCGGAGGAGUAUGAUAAGAUGAUGAAAGCUGCCUUUGAUGACAACUAUUAUGGUGCGGAGGAUUCAGAUUUGAACAGUGACGAGGAUGAUGAUGGGGAGAAACCAGAUUUUGAUAAGGAAGAUGACUUGCUUGGACUUCCCAAAGAUUGGGAUGUGAUUCAGGGUGGGGAUGGUUUUGUAGCCGCUAGAGAAAAGGUUCUGAAGCAAAAGGAGAAGGUUAUUGAUGAUGAUGAAGAAGAAGAAUCUGAUGAGAGUAGUGAAGGAGAUGAGAAAGAGAAGAAGAAGAAGAAGAAGAAGGAAAAGAAGAAGAAGAAGAUGUAUCUGAAAGAUGUUCAGGCACAGCAUUUGCUUGAGGAAGGUCCUGAGUUUGUUGAGGAAGAUGAGGAGAAGAAGGUGACGACUUACGCUGAGCGGCAGAGAGAAUUGAGGAAGGCUGUAACCGAUGCUUUGGAAACUGGAGAGGACGAGAGUGAUGAUGAUCUGUUUAGAGUUGUAGAGAAGGAAGGAGAUGAUGAUGAUGUGGAGGUUAACGAGGAGUUGGCUAAGAAAAUGGAUGAGUAUUUUGGUAAAGAAGCUGAAGUUUUUGAGAACCAGUUUUUGAAAGAUUACUUGGUGAAACAGCUGUGGAAGGAGAAAGAGGAGAUUGUAGUAGACGAGGCGGCGUUGGAUGAGUUGGAUGAUGACGAGGAAGCUGUUUGGGAUCAAGAGGAUUAUGAGAUUUCCUACAGGCACGAAGAGAAUGCUGGGGAGAUAGUUUUGAGUCAGUCUAGGGUUGUGGACGGGUCGGUGAGGAAGAAGGACAGUGCUAGGAAGGCACAGAGGAAGAAUAAAGAGGAGAGGAUGAAGAUGGCUGAGAUUGAGAGGAAGGAGGAGCUGAAGCGGCUUAAGAAUGUUAAGAAGAAGGAGAUGAAGGAGAAGAUGAAGAAAGUGCUUUCUGUUGCUGGUUUUAAAGAUGGAGAAGAAUGUCCGCUUGAUGCUAAAGAUUUUGAUGAUGAGUUUGAUCCGGAGGAGUAUGAUAAGAUGAUGAAAGCUGCCUUUGAUGACAACUAUUAUGGUGCUGAGGAUUCAGAUUUGAACAGUGACGAGGAUGAUGAUGGGGAGAAACCAGAUUUUGAUAAGGAAGAUGACUUGCUUGGACUUCCCAAAGAUUGGGAUGUGAUUCAGGGUGGGGAUGGUUUUGUAGCCGCUAGAGAAAAGGUUCUGAAGCAAAAGGAGAAGGUUAUUGAUGAUGAUGAAGAAGAAGAAGUAGAAGUAGAGGAGGAGGAGGUAGAGGAGGAGAAGGGGGCAGAUGGUAAGAGGAAGAGAAAGCGGAAAACGUCUCUAGUACAAAGAGCCAAAGAAGCUUUGAUGGAGGAGUACUACAAGCUAGACUAUGAGGAUACAAUUGGGGAUUUGAAAACAAGGUUUAAGUAUGCGAAAGUACAACCUAACAGUUAUGAACUGGGGACAGAAGAGAUACUCACCUUGGAUGACACAGAUCUG